AUGCCAGAACCGACUCAAAUCAAGAUAACCCACCAAAAGUGGAUGCAUAAUAUCAAAACAGCCGCGACCAACGCAAACACUCCUUUGUAUAAAAUGAUGCUGGAAGGCUAUGCCGAUUGGUGUCGUGAUGAAAAUACCCCUGUUAGAAAAAUUUUAUUAUGUGAUUUGAAUAUUGAAGUUCCUGCAGUACAAGUUGUCAAAAAAAUCAUUGAGAAAACAACGGAAUCAUCAACCUCAAAGAAUACAUACAAUACAACAAUGAUGGAAGGCGAAGACCUAAACAAGAAAUUAGCGGAACAAUCAGAAAAAGACGCAAAGAACUAUGGAGACUAUAAUUAUAUGGAUAAUCCAUUCGUUAUCGGGGGACCUUACCAGAACAUGAACCCUCUUGACGGGAAAAUCAACCCAUCCUGGGAUACGAUGGGUACCACAAUUGAUAAUAACGCAGAGUUACUAACUGGUCGAGGUCUGAUGGUUUGGGGAAACCACUCAGUUAGCGCUUUUCAACCGGAAACAUCAGUAGUAAAUACGAACCAAAGACCAAGUAGAUACCUUGGGAACAAAUUUGAUCCACUUUAUCAUGAAAAGAAGAAGACAAGACAUCAGCCUUACCCUAAUAACAACACUCAAUUUUAUCACGAUACCAGUAAUCAACACCAUAAUCAGACUUACUAUCAAAAUUCAUCUAACCAUUACCAAAAUCCCAACGAUUAUCACCACAAUCAGCCAAACACCUUUUAUCAACCCAGAGGUGGUCAAUUCAGUGGAAAUAGAGGUGGAGGCAAUGGAGGUGGUAGAGGUGGUGGUAGAGGUAGAGGCCGCCCAGGAAUAGGACCAAACAGCUUUCAGAAACUGUUAAUUGAACCUGUGGCGAGCCCAGAAGUGACAACUCCAGGACCUUCCGGUUCCUAG